AGCAUCACGCCCCCCCCCCCAGCAGCAGAUGGAUUCACUCACCCCCCCUCCCCCCAAAAAAACCCUCCCUGCUCUAAUUUCUCUUUAUUUUUUUGCCUUUCCAACAGGACAACCUGGCCCCAAGGGACAGAAAGGUGAACCCGGCGAUAUCAAAGAUGUUGUAGGACCCCGAGGGCCUCCGGGACCGCAGGGCCCGGCAGGCGAGCAGGGACAGCGAGGGGACCGCGGCGAGAAAGGGGAGAAGGGUGCUCCUGGCCCCCGCGGCAGGGAUGGAGAACCUGGGACCCCCGGCAACCCCGGCCCCCCCGGCCCCCCCGGACCUCCCGGCCCCCCUGGACUCGGUGGGAACUUCGCGGCUCAGAUGGCGGGCGGCUUCGACGAGAAGGCUGGCGGCGCGCAGAUGGGCGUCAUGCAGGGACCCAUGGGACCCAUGGGACCCCGCGCCCCCCCGGCCCCACCGGCGCUCCCGGUCCCCAAGGAUUUCAAGGCAACCCCGGCGAGCCUGGCGAACCCGGCGCUGCUGGUCCGAUGGGUCCCCGGGGACCUCCGGGACCUCCUGGGAAACCCGGUGACGACGUGAG